GAAUGAUAUAGUUUUAAGUGAAAAAUAAGAACUUGCAAUUCUUUUGAAUUAGCGGCGCCUUAAGUAGAAAAUCACGAAGAGUUUCCAAAGCCAUCGAAUUUGUACAGAUGUUCUAAAUGUUGAAACAAAUAGAUAUCAGAUAAGUGAUUAGCAUCAAAAACUAUCCACAAUUAAGGAUGCUUCAUGGAAAGAUCGAAGUCACACUUAUUAGUAUUUCCUCGUUAGUGAGAAGAAAAUGUUGAUUGUAUAUUGUAGGACGAAGGUGUUCGCAUUUACAUAUUGCUGUUUAAAGAAUUUCCUUAUAGUCUAAGUAUCGAUAGUUUAUAUACUAAACGUGCAUUCCAGGCUAAAAAGAGAAAUAAUAUUAAGGUUAUUCGACAUCCCGAACAUAAUACAAUCUCUGGCAAAUCCUUAUUAUGGGCUCAUCAUGAGAAAUUUGUCGUUAUUGAUCAAAAAAUUGCUUUUGUAGCCGGCAUUGAUCUUUGUUAUGGACGUUGGGAUGAUGAUCAUAUGAGGUAUACAAAAGUUUAG